AUGUCUGUCAGAGUCGAACAUACGCUUUCCCUUAUCGCUUAUAGCAACAUGCAGACCGUACGCUCCUAUUUAUUUGGUCCUACACCCCAAGAGCAAAACCGAAAAUGGCAAGCAACUCUUCGGAAGGAACAGCGAAACAUUGACCGGCAGGUGGUGUACUUACAAAAUGGUAAAAAGAAAGCCGAGACACAAAUGAAAGCUCUUGCAAAGCAACAGGAUAUCUCAAAUAUGCGGGUCUUGGCUAAAGAAUUGGCCCGAGCCAAUCGACAUCGCAAAAAGUUAGCAGAGUCGAAAGCCAUGCUUGGAAGUCUUAGUAUGCAGCUCAACGAGCAGAUGGCCAUGUACAAAAUUGAAAAAGCUAUGAAAUCUAGUACUUCUAUCAUGCAAAGUGUCUCAGGCUUGGUUCGUCUUCCGGAGCUUUCCCAAACCAUGCGUAGCUUAUCGAUGGAACUCACGAAAGCUGGCGUUAUGGAAGAAAUGCGUGACGAUAUGAUAUUUCCUGUCGAAGAGGAAGGAUUUGAAGACCUUGAAGAUGAAGACGAAGAAGUGAAAGAAAUAUUGUCACAAUUUCAGCCGUCAGCUGUCAAACCGUCUGUACCUGUCUCCAAUGAAACAUUCCAACCUCAACCAAAACCUGUCGAGCCGCUGGAGCAGGAAUUGCCUUCCGUAUCUAAAAGUAAUGCUACUCAAGAUUACCAAGAAAUUGAUAGUGAACAGUUGCUGGACAUUCGCGGAAAAUUAGACGCUCUCAAAUCCUGA